AUGCUGAGAAGCUUUCUCUCUGCUCCUGCAUCAAGAGUAGCUUGUUACAGCAAAAUGAGUACAGCUCCUGGACCAAUAUGCAGAAAAUUUGUUCCAGUUGAACAGAGUGAAAUUACUUCAACCCUUAAUCAUGCCGCCUUCAAAUUCAGCCUCGUAUCCUACAAUGUUUUGGCUCAGGCCUAUGUGAAAAGCGCGUACUUUCCACACUCACCAGCACCCUGCCUCAAGUGGAAAGCUCGUUCAGAAUCCAUUUUAACUGUUCUUAAGAGCCUCGGAUCCGAUUUCUUUUGUCUACAGGAAAUAGAUGAGUAUGAUACCUUCUACAAGAAAAAUAUGGAGAGUCUUGGCUAUGCAAGUAUCUACAUUCAGAGAAGUGGGAGGAAACGAGACGGAUGUGGGAUUUUUUAUAAACAAAACAAUGCAGAGUUGGUUGUAGAAGAGAAAAUAGACUACAAUGAUUUGGUGGACAUGAUUGAAGAUGGAAAAACCUCAUCCACAGAUAAAGGCGAAAAAUUACUAGUUGCUGAAAGUAAAGAGGAACCAAAAGCUGACAGUCAAACAGAUCGUGGAGAUCCAAAUGAUCCUCGUGUAAGAUUAAAGCGUGAUUGUGUGGGUACAAUGGCUGCCUUUAGACUUAAGGAACUUUCUUCUCGUCAUGUUAUUAUUGCGAACACUCAUUUGUAUUGGGAUCCUGAAUGGGCUGAUGUGAAAAUUGCUCAAGCUAAAUACUUGCUUUCACGUCUAGCUGGAUUCAAGAAACUAGUAUCAGAAAAAUUUGAUUGUUCGCCUUCAGUAAUCAUUGCUGGUGACUUCAAUUCAGUCCCUGGAGAUCAGGUUUACCAAUACUUAGUUUCAGGCACCAACUCAAUGGGGCCGGAGGCCGUGGAUGAUAAGCCGAUUCCAUUGUCAAGUGUGUAUGCAUACACAAAAGGCGAACCCGAGUUCACAAAUUGCACCCCUGGUUUUACGGACACCCUCGACUAUAUCUUAUUUUCCCCAUCAGAUGAUAUAAAGCCCGUUAGCUAUCUUGAGCUCCCGGGUUCUGAAUCGUCCGACGUGAUUGGUGGUUUGCCGAACUAUUUUCACCCGAGCGAUCACCUUCCAAUCGGGGCUGAAUUUGAAGUUUUGUGA